AUGUCGUUCACGAAUAUGUACUACAAACGCGCGGUGGGCACGCCGAAGGCCUGCUACGUCUGCCACAAGCCGACCACGACGGUGCUCGCCACGAUCAACACCGUCGACUUUCUCUACUCCUGCGAUUCCCAUCUCUCGGAUCCAGGGUUCGCGAGUCAGGUGGGCACAAGCAAUGACGGCGUGGGUGCGGGUGCAGCGCAGAAGAUGGGACUUAGCCCGGAGGAAAUCGCGAAAGUGAAGGCGGAGUGGGAAGAGCGCCAGAAGAAGAAAACCGAGAAAGCUAAGGAGAAGGAGAAAGAAAAGGACGCGGAUAAGGAUAAGGACGCAAAGGACACCGACGACAAGGAGAAGAAAGAGACUAAGAAGGUCCCGGGAUCCCUCUCCCCGCCGUCGACGACGCCUGCACCCCCGACGCCGACCCACCAGCGGUACACGCUGCACCGCGACAUGUUCGCUCUACGCCUUGCAGAGCAUCGCAGACGUCGUCAGACAGUCCAGGCCAAGGAGCUCGCGCCCCGACUCCCGGGAGCCCCA